CUAACGUAAACAUUUUUUUCAGCAAGCCGUAAAGUAUAUUGUCAGCUUGCGGAAACGUGGGUGUCGUAUAUUCAUGUACAUAGCUAAUGAUAAUACAUUCUCUUUUUUUUAAAUACGGUAAAUUAGUUUUAUAGCAAUGGCUUUGUACGCGAAAGCUGCCGAGAUUCUCGAGAAAGUGGAGAGGAAGCAGGCUACUGUAAAGACUUUGGUUUACGAUAGUAAAUUUCAGAAUAUCAAGCAGCUUUUUGCCCUGGUGUGUGAGACACAGAAGUUUUCAUCCAUCCUUCAAGAGAUCAUUGAGUCCACCAAGCUCCUCAAACAGACCAAGAUAAAAAUGAAUCUGGCCAAGGUUCUGGUGUAUGACCUGGUCAUUGGUAAGGGGCUGAAGUGUGGCGGGGCCUGGAAGGCGCUGAUGAUGAAACACCGCUCUAGACUGCAGGCUGCCCUAGCCCGCAUGAAGAUCAAGCAGAAGGUCAGCCGCAACCAGGACCUGCUCUCCUCCAGUCUCCAGCAGCCUGAAGGUGAUCAGCUCCCAAGGUAUGUGCGUGUGAACACGUUAAAGACCACAGUGGAGGACGCCAUCGAUUACUUCAAGAGAGAGGGCUUCUCCUACUUGGGACAAGCCUACAGGCUCGAUGACCUGAAUCUGAAGGGGAAAUCCUUUGUGGGUGACCUGCACCUUUCAGACCUGCUGGUUUUCUCUCCAAAGACAGACUUCCAUGACCACAAUCUGUACAAGGCUGGCCACAUCAUUCUACAAGACAAGGCCAGCUGUCUCCCUGCAUACCUCCUGAACCCUCCUACAGGCAGCCACGUCCUGGACGCUUGUGCAGCACCGGGGAACAAAACCAGCCACCUCGCUGCCAUCAUGAAAAACAAAGGGAGGCUGUUUGCCUUCGACCUGGAUGCCAAGCGUCUCUCCACCAUGUCCACUCUCCUGCUCCGCGCUGGAGUCACAUGUCAGCAGCUGGCCAAUCAGGACUUCCUGAAGGUGGACCCGGACGGGCCGCAGUAUAAAGAUGUGGAGUACAUCCUACUGGACCCGUCGUGCAGCGGAUCAGGGAUGGUGUGUCUGCGGGACGAGGCCUCACCCUCCCAAAACGAGCAGGACAAGCGCCGUCUGCAGGCCCUGGCAGCGUUCCAGCUGCACUGUCUCAACCACGCCUUGCGCUUCCCCCGUCUGCAACGCGUGGUGUACUCCACCUGCUCCAUCCAUACCGAGGAGAACGAGCAAGUGGUGGCCGCCUGCCUGCUGCAGAACCCAGGUUUCAGGCUGGUUCCACUGCUCCUGCAGUGGCCCGAGCGUGGCCUGGCUCCCCUCACAAAGUGUCUCCGAGCCAGCACCACCAAAACCCUCACCCAUGGCUUCUUUGUGGCCCUGCUGGAGCGACACACAGCAGAGAGGCUUGAAGAGCAAGCCUCCGAAACACUCAAUCCGGUCGCUGAGAUGAGUCCAAGUAGUCCUUCUGCCAGUAAGGACAUACAUGAGGUUCAGGAGCCAAUUAGCACCACCAAGGAUAUAGACAUGGCUGAGGAAGCCAAACCCACAGAGGAAAAUACAGAAACCUCAGGAGGAGUGAAGAAGAAGAGGAAGAAGAAAAAGAAAGAUGGGGAUAAGGAGGCUCUGGAGCCCAAAGCCACUGAGGAACAGACAAAUACCUCAGGAAGAGCAAAUAGAAAAAAGGCUAAAGUGGAAUGAGACUGACCCUUCAAAGGAACACUGGCUUUGGGUGCCUUGGCGGUCAUUUAGACAAGCUAUAUAUUUGCCCCAACUCCAGUCAAUAUCGAAGCUAGGCUGUGCCACGUUGGGAAAGCUUAGUCAUGGUGACAAAUGAUUGGCUUCCUAUAAUCCAGCAGUGACAUUCUACCCAGUCAAGUUCUGAUAUUGGAGGGUGAAUCUGAAUCACCUUUGUAUUUGUCUGUUACUGUCACUUGUACCCUUGACCAUGUGUAUUCCUCAAAUAAAACACAACCAAUUUUUGUUGAUAGGUUCAAAUGUAUAGACAUCUUCAGACAGACCACUCACUAAGAUCUUUAUCACAUUUUAUUUAAAAACAGUACAUUUAAGACAUGAGCAGAGGGGAGAAUGUUAUAAUACGCUGCCCAUGUCUGCACAUUUACUCUCCUCUCGAAUUGCCCAUUGUGAGCCGAUGUUUGCGUUCCCAUUCACAGUAAUAUACCUCUCAAACACUCAAUUUAAGACAUCCAGCUCGAACACUUUCCAUGUUAUAAAAAGUAAUUGUCAUUUGAAGCUUCAACAAAAUAAACACAUGGUAAAGCCUU